CCGGAAGUGUCUACGGUUUCGGCAGAGACCCCGGAAGCGGCGGUCUCUUGUUUUGUUUUUUGCUGAGGCUCUGACUCCGGCCUUAGGAUGGGUUGCGACGGAGGAACAAUCCCCAAGAGGCAUGAGCUGGUGAAGGGGCCGAAGAAGGUCGAGAAGGUUGACAAAGAUGCUGAGCUGGUGGCCCAGUGGAACUAUUGUACUCUAAGUCAGGAAAUCCUGAGGCGCCCAAUUGUUGCCUGUGAACUUGGCAGACUGUAUAACAAAGACGCUGUCAUCGAGUUCCUGUUGGACAAAUCUGCUGAAAAGGCUCUGGGGAAGGCAGCAUCACACAUUCGAAGCAUCAAGAAUGUGACAGAACUCAGGCUUUCUGACAACCCUGCCUGGGAAGGGGAUAAAGGAAACACCAAGGGUGACAAACACGAUGACCUCCAGCGAGCACGGUUCAUCUGCCCUGUGGUGGGCCUGGAGAUGAAUGGCCGGCACAGGUUUUGCUUUCUUCGAUGCUGUGGCUGUGUGUUUUCUGAACGCGCCUUGAAAGAGAUAAAAGCUGAAGUUUGCCACACGUGUGGGGCUGCCUUCCAGGAGGAUGACAUCAUUGUGCUCAAUGGCACCAAGGAGGACGUGGAGUUGCUGAAGAAGAGGAUGGAGGAGAGACGGCUGCGGGCCAAGCUGGAGAAGAGAACAAAGAAACCGAAGACAGCUGAGUGUGUCUCCAAGGCGGGUGUUGCAGACGACUCUGCAGGACCAUCCAAAGUGAAGGCUGGCAAGCCUGAAGAGGCGGACCCCGAUCCUAGAGAGAAGAAAAGCAACUUGGCUUCCAGGGACACAGCAACUAACGGGAAAGCUGGGAAAGCCCCAUGCGGGGCCCUGAAGAGGUCCAUCGCGAACAGUGACGAAUCUGAAACCUACAAGUCCAUCUUCACGAGCCACAGCUCUGCCAAGCGCUCCAAGGAGGAGUCUGCGCACUGGGUCACCCACACGUCCUACUGCUUCUAAAGCAGGACCGCAGCCCCUCCCCGCAGGGCUCCUCCCCGUGGCCUGUGCCACGCUGCCUGAUGCAGCACCAUGUUAUAAAGCUGUCCUCUCCGAUCUUCCACCUGUGUGGUCACUCGCCAUGAGGUGUGUGGGUCCCAGGGAGGGUGAGGAGCCUUGCAGCGUAACCACAGCCUCCCUACAGGCUGUACCUCUUGCUUAGCCUGGCGACUCUGCUUAUUACAUUGAAGCCGGCUUCAUUUUCUAAAAUUGUAAUUGGUCAAGGAAGUAAUGACAAUGAGUUUAGCUUAGGACAGACUUCCAGCUGUCAGCCCUUGCUCCUGGUGGCUUCUUCUGGUACAAGGACAUCAAAGAAGAAUCCAGAUACCUGACUGAGUAGUAUACAAUAAAGCCCUUUCCUCUCA